AUGCGGGCGGGCCUGCUGCUCUGUUUAGCCACCGUCGCAGACGUCAAGUGCAACAGCGCGCGCAUCAUCUUCUCAGAUGAGUCCAAUCUUGCAUUCAACCUCGCCUUCGAGGCGACUCCAUUACUCUCACUCCGGCCAGUCGAGUCUACCGUCAACAUGUCGGCGCUCGAAGCAGACGGAGUCGCGCUUGUGCGCCGUCAUUCGGGAGGUGGGGCAGUGUACCUUGAUGGCGGGGUGCUUGUUUUCUCGAUCAUCGCUCCUCGCUCUACUUUCUCGGUCGAUAUCAACUUCUCCAUCAUUGCAAAAGCUCUAAAGGAUCUUGGCGUGGAUGCUAAUCGCUCGGGGAGAAACGACGUCACUGUCACGAUUGACGACAGGACGCUAAAGGUGUCAGGCUCAGCUUUCCAGCACGCACAUGACGCAAAUGGCAAUGCCGUGUCGAUGCAUCAUGGAACGUUGCUGCUCGAUGCAAACAUGGAGAACCUCGGCCGUUACCUAACACCCCAUUCGCUGAAGCUCGCGUCGAAAGGAAUCAAAAGCGUUGCUUCGCGCGUCAUUAACCUCAGGCAGCACCCACACGUAUCCGAUUCAUCAUACGCGGCCGUCUCCGCGGCAUUGGCAGCGGCCUUCUCCGCCGAAUUUGCGAUUGCGGAAACGGUGGAGCGCGUCGACAAGUCAAAUGCCGUUGCUGCCGAACAAGCGUUUGUUGCUCGCAUGGCGGAACUCACGAGCUGGGCAUGGGUCCUUGGCAAGACACCCGACUUCUCGCACACGCUUGAGACUCGCAUCGACGACUUUGGCAUGUUCACGCUGCAUUUGGAUGUGCAUCGCGGCAUAAUACGAGCGGCCAAGGUGUUUUCUGAUGCGCUCUUGGUCGACGCUGUCGAGGCGCUACAAGCAUUGCUAACUUCUGUGCCGUACAAUGCCGACAGCAUCUUGUCGGCGCUCGAUGCUCGUGCUCACGCACUACUCGCACAGAGCAAGGCAGAGUGCACUGCCAUUGGCUCCACCUCCGACGAUGCAACCACGCACCAGCAAGAGGAACGCUUGCUCGAGAAGAUCAAGGCAUGGCUGGCGUUGGAAAUCAGUUCCGCUGGGCACUCGCCCGAAAGCGGGUAG